UUUUGUAAGUACAGGUAAAUGUGUUGAAUUUGUUGUCCUUAGUAAUCAGUCAGCAGAUAGAAAAACCUGGAGUAUUCCUUUAACCUUUUCGCAUCAACUCUUCUUUUGCUCCCCUUGGUGCACAGAAAUACGAUUCAUGUUUUUUUCUCAUUAUUUGGUAAGAACCAUCUCAUAGAGAAAAAUUUGACCUUGUUGACCUGAGCCUGGUUGCAUAACCUGGUCUCGUCUGUGGGUGCCAGAGUGCAUUGUCUGGACUCAUAGUGUAUAAACCUGCCAGUGUGUGCCAGCAUGACAUAACAUGCACACACAGAUCCCCUGUCUCUAAUAUUCAAACAUGCACAGUGACCUAGUAUUCAAACACUGACUCAUUCUCUGUCAUAUAAGCCACACACAUUUGCACUGACCCUCACACUGACUAAAAUACACAUCUUCUGCACACUGGCACAUUUUUUUUGUUCCAGGAUUAGCUUUUUCAUUAAUUAAGAAGACCUGAGACACUGUAGCUGUUUUAAUAACAGGUAAUUGUAAUUACCAUCAUUGAUGUUUGGCAGUAUGAAUAGACAUUCACAUUCUUUGCAAAACCAUCACAGUUGGUUUUACAUUUUAGGCUUUGACACAUAAUUUGCCACAAAGCCCCACAGGAACCAUUUGAAAUUUGCUUUUGGUGAAUAAAAUAUUUUGAUAAGCCUAUGUUUGGCUGGUUUACAUGUGCUUUACAUACUGGAUUGCAUUUAUAAUAAUAGGGAUUAUAGGGCAAAUCAGAGCAAAUUCAUUUUGAAUCAUUUAGGGGCUGGACCUACCAGCAUUUUACAGGCUUUCAGUACUCGUUGAUAUUUUGAAAUUCUGUACUUGAAUGUUUGUUCUCAAAAUCUCUUAAAAACAACUUUGAAGCAUUUUUAGUUGUUCAUCUGACAGAACAAAUCGCUUCUUUUAAUCAGUGUUUCUAUCUACACUGGCUGCACUAGACACAAGAUAGAAAACUACUUUUUCUCAUGUGUGUGAAUGAAACGUAAACACUCCCUAUAGUGUCCACUAAAAAAUGUUCCUUUGAAUUUGCUUGUUUCAAAUGUGUACAUUGGUUCCACAUCAAUUAAAUAUAUUACACUGACACAUUUACUAUCAUUCAUUUUACUUACUUUUGGCAAGAAUUUUCUGAGCUGAGUCAGGGGCAGUAUGGAUUGGACACAUUGUGGUGAUCAUUAUACUUACAUGUUUGAGAUUCUGCAUCAAACUGGCUGUACUUGUGGGCUAUAUGCCCUCUUAUCACAAAUUUUGGAAAGUGGUGCACUUUGUUGCACUCUUAGGGAGAGUUGAUGCCUGGCAUGAAUUUAAGAAAUUUUUUUAUGAAUUUUUUAAGUUUUACAUUACACUGAGCUCGUGAACUGGCAUCUGGCACAGUUUGGUUUAGUCUGUAACACCUGAACAGUUUAAUGUGCAGAAGAUAAUCACAUUUAAAUCACAGUAUUGAUCAGAAAAGUUCCCAAACUGUUCAGCCGAAUUGGCUGGUGUAAAAUAUAUUUUGUCUCUCAGUCUGCAUUAGACUUACUCAUUGAUCUGAUGUACUAAUCCUAGUGGGGGAAAAAAGAAUGUUCCAGAUUUGUGUGUGAAAGAGUGAGUGAAAGUGUGAGAGAGAGUGAGAGAGAGAGAGAGAAAGAGAAAGAGAGAGAGAGAGAAAAUGAGUUUGUCACCAUAGCAUCCUGUCUUUCUAUUGUUUUACAUUACUACAAGUGUCAGUGUUCUGUUAUUGGUAGGAGUGUUCAUAUUGAGUGUACGUGUAUUUAAAUGUGUGUGUGUGUGUGUGUGUGUGUGUGAGAGAGAGAGAGAGAGAGAGAGAGAGAGAGAGAGAGAGAGAGAGAGAGUGAGCGAGCGAGCGGGAAUGAGAGAGAGAUUAAGGGGGAGUGAAUAUAUUUUAUAGUGUUCUGUGUUCCCGUAAUAGUAUCCCUACUAGAGUUCCAGUAAAAACAUCCUUACUGGCAGGCCUUAAUGUUUUCAGGAGAAACGGAAGGCGGUUAGCUUUAAUAGAUGGUCAUUUUUUGUUUUUUGAUUUCUCUCCUCUCUCUCUCUCUCUCUCUCUUCCUGAUUAAUAAGGAAUUCAGUCAUGGAAGAGAAACAGCUGAGAGCAGCUCUACACUUUCUCUUUCCUUCCUUCUCUUUGUUAUUCCCUGAUCUCCCUCCUCCCCUUCGUGCCCUUUGUUUGUUCAGUUCCCCUUUCUCCCUUGUUUCCCACCCGACAACAGCUGGGGUGCUCUGAUUGGCUGAUCCACAAGAAGAAGGAGGAGCUAUGGGACUUGUUGUGAUAUUUUCUUCCCUACCGUAGAACAGACUGCUCAGUCAGAGCAGAGUCAGCGACGCGGACGUUGCAGGCUGUACACAGUGUUUGUGCGAUUUCUCUGUCUCUCUACAAAAAAAAACUUGUCACUGCCUGCUGGACUACCAUUUCUUUAUUCCUUUAACCAGGAGUAGAGCGAAUUUAAAGGAAUAUUCUUUUUUUCUAUCCUCUCUUACUGCUAGCUUUAGCCCUUUGUGCUUCAGCAGCAGCAGGAAGGCAGCAUCGGUCCCAGGAGAUAAAGGAGAGGCCGAGUGAAGGAGAGGAAGAUAAAGCCAUAGCUAGAGAGAGAGACGGAUGUGCAUGGAGGAUGAGUCCGGCUUUAGAAGCGCUGAUGGAGGGGUGUAGAUACCCAGGGAAAGGGCCACUGAAGGGAGGAGUGAUGCUAGAACCAUUUGUCCAUCAGGUUGGAGGCCAUUCAUGUGUGUUACGUUUUGGGGAACAGACCAUUUGCAAGCCGUUAAUCCCCCGCGAACACCAGUUCUACAAGAGCCUUCCACCAGAGAUCCGCAGAUUCACACCUCAGUACAAAGGGGUGGUGUCAGUGAGUUUUGAGGAGGAUGAGGAGGGGAACCUGUGUUUGAUAGCUUAUCCUCUACACAGUGACCCAUCUGAUAUAGAGAAUAAGGAACACUUAGCUGAUGGAGAACCCAAAAACAAGCUGCUGAAGUGGAGUAAGAAAAAGCCGUCUACCCUUCUGGAGAACGAGAGAAGUAGACAGAGCCGCAAAGAGGAGAAGAGCAAGAGUAAUCGUGAGGAUAAGGCAGAGGUGUUGUACUACAGCCUGGAGAAAGGGAAUGUCGUGCCUCAGAUUAAACAUAACCCAUGGAGUCUGCAGUGCCACCAGCAGCAUCUUCAGAGAAUGAAGGAGAACUCCAAACACAGAAACCAGCACAAGUUUAUUUUGUUGGAGAACCUCACAUGGAGAUAUCGGGUUCCCUGCGUUUUAGAUCUGAAGAUGGGAACCCGGCAGCAUGGGGAUGAUGCCACUGAGGAGAAGAAAGCCAAUCAAAUCCGCAAAUGCCAGCAAAGCACAUCCUCCUCAAUAGGAGUCCGUCUCUGUGGGAUGCAGGUAUAUCACAGUGUGACGGGACAGCUGAUUUUCAUGAAUAAGUACCAUGGGCGCAAGUUGAGUCUGGCUGGCUUUAAAGAAGCUCUGUGCCAGUUCUUCAGUGAUGGACGGGUUCUGCGUAAAGAGCUUCUCUCUCCAGUUCUCCAGAGGCUCAAAGAGAUGCGAGCGGUCCUGGAAGCCUGUGACAGCUAUCGCUUUUUUUCUUCUUCUCUUCUAAUCAUUUAUGAUGGAGCACCACCCCUGGCCCCUGCUAGGCCUCGCCCCUCUCGAGGAGGAGAGGAGGAAGAUGAGGAGGAUGAUGAGGAUGAAGAUGACGAGGAGGAAGGAGCAUACGGCGGGCGCUCACAGAGUCGAGAUAGUUCAGGGUCAGGCUCACCGCUUGUGGAUGUGAGAAUGAUUGAUUUUGCUCACACGACCUGUCGUGAUUACGGAGAAGAUGGUGUCGUUCAUGAAGGUGGAGACAGCGGUUACAUUUUUGGCCUUCAGAACCUCAUCAGCAUUCUGUCCCAGCUUGAGGAGCACAGCAACGAUUAAGCACACACAGGUGUUUCUGUUACUACGCCAAGCACCAUGCCAAGCUUACUGUGGAUGCCCUGAUGAUGAUAGCAGGGUUGAAGGCUCCUUCGCAAUGCAAGGAGGAAAGGCCACAGGGUCAAGGAUCAAUCCUCAGGUCCCUCAGUGGCCCGCCCUCAGGAGUUGAUGGGACUGGACUUCAUACACAUCUGUUCGUUUUGAGAUGUAUCUACAAUGAAAGAGUGUGGUCCCUCUCUCCUCCAGCUGUUUUCCACUCUGUAUGUGAUGGAGGGAUGGCAGUAGCCCCAUGUCUGGGCUCUUUCCUCCUGCUGUGUUUUCAUUCGUUUUCUCACUCUCUCUGUCUUUUUCUGAAAGAGACGAGAACUGAGUAGGUUUAUGAAUUCUGUAGGAGAGACACUUCAGGAGAACUGACAAUCCAAUUGUUCACUUCUCACAUGCGUAUGUGCUUUGAUGGCACGUGAGUUUGUUGCAACUGUCAAAGACAUUUUCUUAAUUUUUUUGACCUUGGUAGCACAAAAAUAAAAAGAUAAGCCAUUAUGAUGCUUAAUAAACAAUACGUAGACAUCAAGGUGCUUUACAAAUGUAACAAGACCAAGAGAGAUAAAUACAUAAGGGAAGAAACUCAUACUGAGGUCAUGAAGGGAAUGAGAGAUUUUUGAGUAAGAAGAUUGCAUGGACAGCAUUUUUUGAUGAGCCUUUUGAGACUGAUUUCACUGUUUGGACACCUUUAGAACUUUUGGUUAUUUUUCUUCCUCUUCAUUCCAGUUAUGUUCAUUAGAUGUGAAAAUAGAUGCUAUAAAGAGAGCUUUAUUUAUUGAUUGGCCUAUUUCUACAAAACAUGAAAAGGUGAACCUGAGUGGAUUAUAUGACAUUCCAUCCCACUGUACUGUUAUGAUGUUAUUUAUAAGAACCAAUCUUUAUGUCAUGGUUUCCAAUGUUUGUUCUGUGUUCAACACUCUAAAACAAAAUAAAGAGAAUUAUGCUUUGAUUGUGAUAACAAUG